CUUAUGUUGUUCUCUCUUUCCUUUGUCUUUCUUUUGUCUGUGGCCAGUACUUUCACUAAUGCUCAGUGCCCAUAUUGAGUAGAUGAUCGUGUUUGUGUAAGCACUUGAGCUGCUUUUGGCGGAUCUCUCGUUCAUUCCUCGGUGUGGUUUGAUUCUACCCAUCAAAAAAAAAAAUUGCUAAAAAAUGAGUGCGAGCAGAGUAUUGGAGCAAACGCUGGAUGAUAUCCUUUUUGCAAUUAAACCGUCACGGGAGAACCAGAUCGCUCGAAACCAAAUUAUUGACGAGCUGCAAACUAUUGUUCAUUCUACGGAUAUUUUUCGAGGUGCAAUUGUGGAACCAUUUGGAUCAUUUGUCUCUGGUCUUUUCUCGAGAUGGGGGGACUUGGACAUCUCCAUUGAGUUACCCAAUGGUUCAUACAUCUCCACUACCGCGAGAGAACGGAAAAAGUAUAUGUUGGCAUUAUUGCAGUCGAGACUAAUAGGUCGAUUUCAGAAGCUCCAGUUCAUCUCCAGUGCUAGAGUUCCUAUAGUGAAGUUUGAGAGCAGAAGCAUUUCCUGUGAUGUUUCAAUUGACAAUCUGUCAGGCCAGAUGAAGUCCAAGCUCUUCUUAUGGAUCAAAGGCAUAGACGAACGUUUUGGCGAUAUGGUCUUGUUGGUUAAAGAAUGGGCCAAGGCUCAGGAAAUCAACAAUCCAAUUUCUGGGAGCUUCAACUCAUAUAGUCUCACUUUACUGGUCAUUUUUCAUUUUCAGACUUGUGAGCCUGCCAUUUUACCGCCUUUAAAAGAUGUAUAUCCAGGAGAUAUAGUUAGUGAUCUCAAAGGUGUAAGAGCUGAUGUAGUCCGGAAAAUUACAGAAACUUGCACUGCUAACAUAGCCAGGUGGAAAUCCAACAGAUACAGGGCGGUUAACCAAAGUUCCUUGUCUGAGCUUUUUGUUUCCUUUUUUUCUAAGUUUUCGGACAUAAGUCGGAAGGCUAAAGAUCUAGGAAUUUGCCCCUACACAGGGAAUUGGGUAUUGCUAAGGAGCAAUAUGAGAUGGAUGCUUCAGGCUAAUCCGAUCUUUAUUGAGGACCCAUUUGAGCGAUCGGAGAAUGCUGCAAGGACGGUUAAAGCAAGCCUUUUGAUGAAGAUAUCUGAAGCAUUCGAGACAACUUAUCAAAGAGUUUCAUCAACCUAUCAAACUAAGGCUUCUUUGCUUCCUGGACUCGCCAGGCCGCGCGUUUUGAAAGCUCUUGGGAUGACUCCCCCUUCUAGAGCAGGGAGUUCGGGUGGCAACGGCAAUAAAUUGAACAAUUCAGUUGUAUUUGACACUGCCUCGUCAUCACAAGUACAACAGCACUUUCAGAACAUGAGUCUGCAACACCGUGGCGAGGUCCAGAACAGCCAGCCGUCGCAGAAACCCUCACCUUUUCAUUGGCUUUGAAAAUCAAGAUGAGUGGUAGGAAAUUAUCGAAGGAAAAUGCUGGACUUCGGAGGAUAUGAAAGUAAAGUACCUUGCCCUAGUUUUUUGAAAUAGUUGCUUGCAUCGAAUGGCUGCUUUGCGUUCGAUAUGUCUGCAAUUUUCAACGUACUUUUGAACUUUCUCUAGCAGAUUGCUUUGUGCUUUUCGUUUGGUAUUGACAUAAAUCAGGGCACAUCUGUAAGCAUUAACGUUACCUAGAUCUUCCAAACAUGGCUCCACCAUAGGAAGUGGACUCUGUGUGCUGAGAUGAUUUUCUUGACAAA